UGAGCAGAAACACAACUUUCCGUUAUGACCUGAUGAAGUUUAACAGCAAUGGAAUGUGCGACCAACCAUCACCAGAUAUCACGCUUCUCAACAACAGUAAUCCUUCACCCAAUGCACUAAGGCACACAUCUCAAGGAGGGAGAGAGGCACUCCCUCUGGUCAGAUCCUCACAGGAAAUGAUCGCACCAAGGAAUUCUGGUCAGCUAAGUACAGAAAAUAUUUGCACAACAAAGCUGAUCCAUAAUAGAAGAGCCAACCCAGACAAGAAUGACACUGAGAGUAUGAAAGACAAGUUUAAUUUUGCCUAUAUUCAGUUCCAGUCAAAGAAAACUGUUUCCUCACCAAGAGAAUUUCAGUAUCCAUCAAGACAGGUUAAACACGAAGCAGUCAAUCUGGUGUCUGAAGAGAAUCUAAGUUACAACUCUGAAGUGACACAUGACUCUAAGUUGAAGUUUAACAGUAUUGACUCUGAGCAGUAUCAUAAUAACAGCCUGUUAAAAGAUAACAUUAGUAAUCUGGAAAAUGUGCAACCUAAUCAAUCACGGAGAUAUAUUCAAAACAAUCGCUUACUUACACGGCGAGGUAUCAUCAAGACAAUUGAUCUCAAUGCAUCUAGCAUUCCUGAUGAUAAGAAUCAUGUGUCAACACUGAAUGGAGGGUUUCAGAACUAUAAGUUAAUCAGGCAUUCUUCACCUGCGGCAAAUAAAACAACACCCAAGCAAAUUAAACCUUUCCAUAGUGCACAUGAGCGGCCCAAGCUAUCAGAGACCUGUCCACCACAUUUCCUGAAAAAGUCCCAGAAAGCCAAAUGUUCAGAAUCUAUGAUUCUACAUGGCAAAAACCUAUUAAACACAGCUUACAGUGAGGAUUUUGCAUCCUCACCUAAACAGUGUACUCAACUCUUCUUAUGA